AUGUCUCGGGCUGUUCAUUUUCCAAUGCCUUGUCCAGUGCAGCUUGGAACCUUAACGGAUGACUCCUUGGAAGCUCAGCUUCAUGAGUAUGCCAAACAAGGGAACCAUGUGAAAGUGAAGAAGCUCCUUAAGAAAGGGAUCCGUGUUGAUGCCGUUAACACUCUGGGCCAGUCAGCUCUUUUUGUUGCCGCAUUAUUGGGCCAUAUGAAAUCAGUUGAUGUUCUGGUGGAUUAUGGCUCAGAUCCAAAUCACCGCUGCUUUGAUGGGAGCACUCCUGUUCAUGCAGCAGCUUUUUCAGGCAGCCAGUGGAUCCUCAGUAAACUGCUGGAUGCAGGGGGUGACCUUCGACUCCAUGAUGAGAAGGGUCGAAACCCCCAGGCCUGGGCCUUGGCAGCAGGGAAGGAUCGAAGCACUCAGGUGGUGGAGCUCAUGCAGCGCUGUACUUCACACAUGAAGGCUAUCAUCCAGGGCUUCUCCUAUGACCUCCUGAAGAAGAUCGAUUCUCCUCAGCGCCUCAUUUGUAGUCCACCCUGGUUUGGGAGCCUCAUCCACGGAAGCCCAAAUAGUUCUCCUCAUCGACAGCUUAAACCAGGAAUCAUUUCUGCCCAAAACAUGUACAGCUUUGGCUUUGGAAAGUUUUAUCUCACUUCAGGGAUGCAGCUCACUUACCCAGGAUCUCUUCCAGUAAUUGGAGAAAAGGAAGUGAUCCAAGCUGAUGAUGAGCCUACCUUCUCUUUCUUCAGUGGCCCCUACAUGGUCAUGACCAACCUUGUGUGGAACAGGAGCCGAGUCACAGUGAAGGAGCUGUACCUUCCCACUCAUCCUCACUGUAGCCGGCUGAGGUUGGCCGACUUGCUGAUUGCUGAGCAGGAGCACAGCAGCAACCUUCGGCAUCCUAACCUGCUGCAGCUGAUGGCUGUAUGUUUGUCCCAGGACCUGAAGAAAAUUCGUCUGGUUUACGAGCGUAUCACAGUUGGCACACUGUUCAGUGUCCUCCAUGAACGAAGGUCCCAGUUCCCAGUGUUGCACAUGGAAGUGAUUGUGCACUUACUGCUCCAGAUUGCUGAUGCCUUGAUAUACCUGCAUUCCCGAGGGUUUGUCCAUCGCUCCCUUAGCUCCUAUGCUGUCCACAUUGUCUCUGCAGGAGAAGCAAGGCUGACCAACCUGGAGUACAUGAUGGAAAGCCAGGACAACGGUGUACACAGGGACAUGACUCGGGUGCCCCUCCCCACCCAGCUGUACAACUGGGCUGCACCAGAAGUGAUCUUACAGAAGGCAGCCACGGUGAAGUCAGACAUCUAUAGCUUUUCCAUGAUUAUACAAGAGAUCUUAACAGACAGCAUACCCUGGAAUGGCCUGGAUGGCUCAAUUGUUAAAGAAACCAUAGCCCUGGGAAAUUAUUUAGAAGCUGAUGUCAGGCUUCCGGAACCUUACUAUGAUAUUGUUAAGUCAGGUAUCCACGCCAAGCAGAAAAACCGAACAAUGAACCUACAAGAUAUUCGGUAUAUUAUGAAGAACGACUUAAAGGAGUUUAUUGGAGCUCAGAAAACUCAGUCAACUGAGAGUCCCAGAGUGCAGAGAUAUGAACCCCAUCCUGAUGUUGAUGUCUGUCUAGGACUAACUUCAGAAUAUCAAAAAGACGCUCCAGACUUGCACAUCAAAGAGCUAAAGGAAAUGGGUAGUCAGUCACCAGCAGGUCACUCCUUUCCCACUGACAAAACAGCACCAGCUCCUCAGGUCCUGGAUUCGAGUCCUUCAGCCCAGGCGCCCGAGAAUGCACAUGUUCCUUCUCCUCUUGCGUCAUGCUCAGCAGAAGAGUCCCGAAGCCCCACUGCAAGUCAGGCCAGCCUCUGCAGCUUUGAAAUCAACGAAGUCUUCUCAGGCUGCCUGAACCUGGGAACUGACAAAGAGGAAGACUGCCCAGGGACUGCCUCAUCACCUGAGGAGGGUCAACCAAAUCAGGUGGAUGAACUGCCAUCCCUGGAAGACGAGCUUGACAAGAUGGAGAGAGAACUGCAGUGUUUUUGUGAGGAGGACCAAAACUUUUCAGAAGUUGACACAGACCUUUCCUUUGAGGAUGGGGCCUGGCAGAGUGAUUCUCUUAGUUCUCUCAGCCUGUCAGAGUCAACCAGAGAAGCCAAGGGCAAAGUGAGCAGCUGGUCCAAGACUGACGAGUGUGUCAGUAAGUGUGUGCUGAAUAUAAAGAUUUCACAGGUGAUGAUGCAACAUAAUGUCGAGUGGCUGACGAAACUCGAGAAGGAAAUAGAUGAACUUGAGUUGAGACAGAAGGAGGUGGACAAUCAGUGUAGGAUUUUGAGGGAUGCUGCAUUAAGGUUUGCAAAUGCCAAGUACCCAUUAGCUGUGGGCCCUCCAUCUUUGACCUAUCAUCCUCCUGUUAUACAAUUAUCAGACCUCAAGUGGUCAGAAAAUGAUGGCAGUUGGUUGGCCCUAGCAAGGUCUCCAGGAAAUGACAGAGACUUCCAAGAGGAAUAUUCUGGCAAAAAACCUCAUAAACUAAGUGACUGUGGUUGGAAGCCUUUCACACAAGUUUCUGAAGAAAGCAGCGGGGACCGAUCAGAGCCAAACAAUCAGCUGCCAACUCUUUGUGGUCCUGGGAAAGAGAACACAGGUGAACAAUUGCUAUCCACUCAAGACAAGGAGAGCUUUGAAAGAAAUAGAAACCAAAAUAGUAAGAGGAUCAAUAUGGAAUCUGUGUCUUCUGAAAUCUAUCAUACCAAGGCAAGAAAUAAUGAAGAUGAUGCACACUUAAGAUGGAAAAUGGCAGUAAAAGAGAUGGCAGAGAAAGCAGUUUCUGGACAGCUCCUGGUGGCUCCUUGGAGUUUUCAGAUUAAUUUGCCUUUUGAGAGUAAGGCUGAAAAUGAGAGCACUGCUCUACUACGGCCCCCAGCUAGAGCUCCUGAAAGCACAGACUGGCAGCACGCUGUAGAAUACCAAAGAGAAAGUGAGCCACCAGCAGAUACGAAGUUUGGCAAAACAGACAACAGUGGUUGUGGCAAGAGCAAGCAGAGCAGACAGACAGGCCUUCAGAGCCUCACCAGUAUUACAUACCCGUUCUUCAGAAACCAUGAGCAGCCAGAGCACAGUGAAGCCUCUCGAGGAAGCUGUGACAUGUCUGAGGGUACCGAGAAGUUUUACAGUACCUCAAGUCCCAUAGAAGAGGACUUUGAAAAGCCACAAAGUUCUUUUGCCCAACCUCAAAGCUAUGUUGAAGAAAAGUUCCAACUAAGAGAAAUCUUUGGAAAGAAUGCUGAGAUUUUGUCUAAGCCUCAGUUCCAAGCUGUUCAAUGUGCUGAAGAUAAACAAGAAGAGACAUUAGAAGAGGCACCAAAGGAACAGAAACAGAAAGACAUAUCACUGAUGGACAUUCAAGACUUGUCCAGCAUCACUUAUGAACAAGAUGGCUCUGUUAAGGAAACGCCGUUGAAAACACUCAAAUUAAAGCAUGCACCUACUAGUGUCAGUACUCCGCUCAGCCCAGCGUCAAUUUCUUCAGCUGCUAGUCAGUAUGAAGACUGCCUUGAAAAUACCACAUUUAAAGUUAAAAGAGGAUCUACAUUUUGUUGGAAUGGUCAAGAAGCUAUGAGAACUUUAUCUGCCAAGUUUACAAGUGUCCGAGAGCGAGCCAAGAGCCUGGAAUGUCUCCUUGCUGCUUCUAAAGCCCUGCCUGCAAAACUGACUGAUCCUAAAAAAUGGUAUGUGUACACUGGGGCUGGUUCUUCUAACAUUUCUCCGGCAUCUGUGACAUCAACCUAUGCUACCCAGAGGAGGAGCCUACCCAGAGAACUAGUGGAAGCCACAUCUCAGCAUCAUAUUGACGACCUUCCACCACCAGCUCAGGAGCUACUUGAUGAAAUUGAGCUUCUGAAGCAGCAGCAAGCCUCGUCCGUGGUGUCACAUGGGAACACAGCACAUGAUCUGAGUGUCACUGAAAAUGAUAAAAGGAAUUUGGAAGAACAAGAAACCAACAGUAGUAAAGAUAGCAGUUUUCUUUCUACCAAAGAAAUUCAGGAUCUGGAAGACACAGAGAGAGCUCAUUCUUCUCUUGAUGAGGACCUGGAGAGAUUGCUGCAGUCACCUGAGGAGAACAUGGCACUACUGGACCUCCCCAAGGGCUCUAUAAGGGAGAAAAAAAGCAAAGAUCAGGACGUUGAAGAGAAGAGAAGAAGGGAAGCAAGCGUCAAGCCAGAGAGAAGGCGAUCAGACAGCUGUUUAGGGACCUUGGAAGAAGUUCAGCUCAGCGUUUCUGAUAAUUGCAGUCAACGAAACAGUAACAUCAACUUUUAG